AGAGAGAAAAAUGGAGAAAAAAAAAACCACAACCAAUGUUUUAUUAGUUAUGUUUUUCAAUAUUCAUCACGAACUCAUAUAACCUUGCAAUUUAGUACAAUUAAAUUGAAGCUUUUUCGUGGUUGUCUUACCAAUCAAUCCAUUGGCUGAGUUGACACCCGAGUUAAGGGCGACAUCGGUAGAUGACUCGGAAUUUUCAUUCCCAAUUCCCUUUUCAAAUUCUAUAACCUUCGUCACCACGAACAAUUUACAAUAGAUACGAAACCAAGAUCAGGGUCUUCUUAAAUUUCUUUCUAUCUUUCUUUUCCCCUUCAUUGGAUGAGCUAUCAGUUCUACAUUGGAUUGCAGCAUUUGGGUACGUAAAUCGGGAAGCGAUCUUGUUUUUAAAAAUUGUUUAUUGGGUUGGAGCUAUUGGAGGACGGAUUUGAUGGAUUCGACGUCAAACCAAACCGAGUUUGAUUACUUGUUCAAAUUGUUGAUGAUUGGGGACUCUGGGGUUGGAAAAAGUAGUCUGCUUUUAAGUUUCACUUCCGAUAACUUUGAAGAUCUCUCACCGACUAUCGGUGUGGAUUUUAAGGUAAAGUAUGUUACUGCUGGGGGUAAAAAGCUGAAGCUUGCAAUUUGGGAUACUGCUGGGCAGGAGAGAUUCAGAACACUGACUAGUUCAUACUACAGAGGUGCUCAAGGGAUCAUUAUGGUUUAUGAUGUAACGAGGAGAGAUACAUUUACAAACCUUUCUGAGGUAUGGGCAAAGGAAAUAGAUCUAUAUUCAACAAAUCCAGAUUGCAUCAAGAUGCUUGUUGGAAACAAAGUUGAUAAGGAAAGUUAUAGGACAGUAACCAAGAAAGAGGGAAUUGACAUGGCUAGGGAAUAUGGUUGUCUUUUUAUAGAAUGCAGUGCCAAAACUCGAGUUAAUGUACAGCAGUGCUUUGAAGAACUUGUUUUAAAGAUUCUUGAUACGCCCAGCCUUUUAUCUGAAGGCUCUAAAGGAGUGAGAAGGAACAUCUUCAAGGAAAAGCCUCCACAGUCUGAUGCAUCCGCGAGCAGUUGUUGCUGAAAUUGAUUCAUUGUCUCUAACUACAUUUGCUGGUUGUUUCUAAAUUGUUGUAAAACUACAGUAGAGAAGCAUGGUGUUAUAGCUUUUAUUUGUCUCUCACAAAUUACCUUACAAAUUGGAAAGGGUGGUCUUGUCUUCUUGCUGGCUUUCUUGUACAGGGAAAAUUUGAAAUGAAAAUCUAUGAUACAUGAUUUCAGUCUUUCUUUUCUUUAA